CAUUUGUUUGUUAAGUAGGCCUUCACUCACUCAUGUCAAACUUUAAAGUCCAUGUUCUGGGUUAUGUGUAUAUGUUGGAGGGCAUAGGUAACCUAUGCACUGGAAGACAGGGAAGUUGAAUUCGUCAUUAAUACCUGUUUUAUGUUGCCAUUUUCUGAACUGCUAGAUAAUGAUGAUGAUUCUUGCGAAAAUCCGAGUGACCGUGAACACGCCCUAAAUCCAAUAUGGCUACAGCGUCCACUCCAUGGUUACCUACUUACCUAUGAUGGUUACAAGUCUAAUGGUCAGCAUCCGUUCCACAAUCAGCGAAGGCAAAUAGUGUAGACAGACAGGGCUUUAUGGCUUGGACGGCAUAGUUGAUAUUCGCCUUGAGACGCGCAGUGCUCAUACAACUCUUCUAAAGUGUACUAGGGUGUACUUUUCUUGGGUAGUAGGCUUAUGAGUCAAGAUUUGAACUUUAUUUGGCGUUGUGGUUAGCUGACAAGCUAAUGUUAGGCGUUCAAUAGGUCAGGCUUUUUUGACUAAGAACCCAUGUGAUACUUGUUUAGGAUCGUUCCAGCUCUCCGACAUCUCUUCCACAAGGGUUGAUGAUGUCAAAGGAAGCAAAGUUCAUCGAAGUCACAGAACCUGCAAACAAGCCUACUCACUGGGUGGAGGACUUAUUUCAACCACACUUCCGUAUGGAGGAUGUGAUGAAGAACUUUGAAGAAAUCAGGAAGAAAACGUAUGUCAGUGUGAGAGACCAUUCACUACCCAAUUGCUUGCAGAGUGCAGAAGGCAAUGAUACUUAUAAAAAAGUACUACAAGAAAAACAGCAAAGAGAGGAAAAACUACUGAUGGAGAAUCUGGCUAAGAGAGUGGCUGCAGCGAGUGUGUCAGGAGCAGCCAGUUCCACCAAAAGUAAGGCCAGCAGUACAAUGCAGAUUCAAAUCAAACAACCUGAGCAAAAUGACUGCAUCUGGAACCAGCAAGAUUUGUCAACGCUGUGUGAAACAAUGAGCAAAACAGAAAAGGAUCGGCGCAGGCUGAGGAUGCAGCUGGAACGGGCACAGGCAGAGGUGCAAGUGGAGCGGCAGAAGAGGCAGCGGCUGCAAGGUCUGUUGGACGAGUGCGAGCAGCAGCUGGCCCUCUCCAGACAGGAGGCUGCGCGCUGGGCACUGCAGCUGGAGGCACAGCAGGCAGAGGGCCGGGCCAAGGACACACAGGUUCAAGCCCAAGCCACGGAGGCCAGGCAGGUGGUAGAGGAGACGGCGCGUUGGAGGACCGCUGCAAGGAAAGGGAGAGAGGAAAUGAAGGAUGCCCAGCGGAAAUGCGCCGACCUAAUGUGGGAGCUGGAGAGACUGAAGGAGCAUCACAAGGUAGAGGAAAAGAGGCUGGUGGAGGCAACUCGCCUGGAGGACAGUGUCAUCCUACAGAAGGUUACACAGGAACUAGAGGAAACUAGGGCCAAGCUGGAAGCAGAGAAAGCCAAUCAUAGCCGCAGUCAGACUGCCCUUGAACUCCUCCGCAAACACUUCACCAAACAAUCUGGAUGACAGUAAAAUGCUGAACAAUUAUUGCCAAAAGGAGUCACAGCUGUUUUCUUCCAAGAAGAAUUUCCACCAACAAGAAAAUGGUAGAUGUGGUAAAAUCAUGCCCUCAGUUUCAGGUUUUUGAAUAAGUCAUGGCGUCUAAAACAUCAAUAUCCAUUGCUCACAACCUCUGUGUCAAGCAGUCCUUAAACUGUUUAUUAAAAGUAAAUGUUAAAGAUA